AUGCCUGAAUAUUAUAAAUAUCUUUUGUGAUGAAAUCAGGGGGCCCAGUGGAACCCCAAGGAUUACUUUCAAAAAGGCCUGCACCAAAGUUGAUCCUCACAUCUCCUGCAAAGUUCAGCCCUGCAGCGCAGCUAUCUCAGUCUGUGAACCAUGAUAUUCUAACAUCAGGAGGACUGCAGCAGGUCCAGUGUAACUCAAAUGCUUCUGUCCAAGAUGAGUACCAGCAUCAGUCUCAGAACCAGAAGGAGCAGGCAGCCGGGCCUCUCCGAGAAAACACACCUCCGCACCCACAGGCGACUGUGGCUCAUCAUGAGCAACAGCAGACUCUGCUGGAAGAUCAAGCUGCUGAGGAAAAACCACAGGGACACCCACAGCGGAACAAAUCCCAAUCCCUGAUCAAUGCCUUUGGUCUGAAAGACACAUCCGUUUUCCGCACUGCCAGGGAAGACACGGCAAAUGCUGAGACCAUACGCAACUUGAGGAAGUCCUUUGCAAAUCUGUUCUCUGAAUAAAAGAAGCUUCAUCGAGCCAUUAGUUAGCUAUUAUCGGCUACACAUGAAAAACAGUCACUGUUCAGUAUAUUAAGUGUUCUGCUAAUGAUAAUGACCAAGCUGUAAAAUGAAUAUCUUUUAUGCCCACUCCAAGUAUAAUGAUGAGUAGUUUUGACUUGUGAUUGUAUUACUUCACUAGAAAUGUGUUUUUUAGUUGUUUACCUUUUGGUCCAUAUAAAACUUUCCAUGGCAUUGCUGGUAAUGAUCAGUAACACAGUCAUGAACAUGUGGCAGGUAUGACACUUUUCUUCAGAACAGGUAAAAAUACAUUGCCGUGUUUGCUAACUAUUAGUUAUAGGGAUUAUCAUCAGUAACUACUGUGUACUGUAU